AUGUCGGACAGAAUUGAUACCAAAGUGAUUCAAGUGACGAACGUGGCUCCUCAUGCUAGUCGGGAUCAAAUGAAAACGCUUUUUGGUUUCGUGGGGCGAGUGAGAGACAUAAAAUUGUAUCCUCCGGAAUCGUCAGAAGUUGAAGUUUCAGCACGAGUGUGCUACAUCGAAUUUGAUGACAACACAGCAGUGGGAAUUGCCUUACAUUUAUCAAAUGUUGUGUUCAUUGAUAGAGCUAUCAUCGUUGUCCCUGUUAUGGACGGCAAAAUUCCAGAUGAAAAUACUGCUUUACAGCUGACCCCACAAGCAGUAGCAGGCAUGUUACCUGGUGCCCCUACUUGGCCAAGUAAUGUUGUAUCUCGCAAAGUUGGCCAAGGCGCUAAACAGAUGAUUAAUACCUAUGAUCCCAGAUUAGUGGCUCUGGGCCUUCCACAAUAUCCGCCACUACCAGCGUCUGUUGAUCCCAGUAAAAUACAGGAAAUUAGGAGAACAGUUUAUGUUGGAAAUUUAGAAACAGCAGUAUUGCCAGAGCAGUUAUUGAGUUUUUUUUCUCAAGUUGGUGAAGUUAAAUACAUUAGAAUGGCAGGUGGAGAGCAUGCUCUGGUUCGAUAUGCUUACGUUGAGUUUUCUGAUCAAAGAGCUGUUGCAACAGCAUUAACAUAUAACGGUGUUAUGUUUCAAGGAAGACCAAUUCAAGUUUCACAUUCAAUUGCUGCUAUAGUUAAACCACAAUCCAAGUCGGCGAAAGAUUCACAAAGGGAAGUUGAAGAAGCAAUGAAAAAAGUAAAAGAAGCCCAUUCUCUAAUAGCGGCAGCAGCAGAU